UGAGCUGACAUUGAGUGGGACAGUCUGGCUCCAUAUCCUGCAUCUCUCUGACCCUGGAUAUCAUGGAAGGCUUAAAAAUGUUGAGUUUUGUUUACCACGCUAGCCUUCGUAUGAGUCGUAGAUAUGUUUCUUCUGGCAUCACCAAUGUCGUAAAAAAUACGAAAAGAGAAGAAUUUACCGCAAGACUAGCCGCAGGACCUCACCUGAAAGAGUUUUUAGCUAAAUCGACUCCACCAAUUGAAUUGUCACUCCCCGAUGAGGAAGAUCCACCGCCAUACGUGGCAGCUAGUUCUGCACCAGCUCUGAACAAUAAAGUGUAUUUGGAGACUUACGGAUGUCAGAUGAACGUCAAUGACACCGACAUUGCCUGGUCCAUUUUACAGAGCAGCGGAUACACAAGAACAUCUUCAGUCGCAGAGGCUGAUGUGAUUCUUCUUGUUACUUGCUCCGUCAGGGAGAAAGCAGAACAGGCCAUCUGGAACCGCCUGCAGCAACUCGGCGCUCUGAAGCGAAAACGCAGCCGAUCGAAAGGUCGUCUGACAAUAGGCAUAUUGGGGUGCAUGGCAGAAAGAUUAAAAGAUGAGAUCCUACAGAGGGAAAAGCUUGUGGACCUUGUGGCCGGACCAGAUGCCUAUCGAGAUUUACCGCGACUUCUAAUGGUGGCAGAAACUGGGCGUCAAGUGGCAAAUGUGCUUCUCUCCUUAGACGAAACCUAUGCUGAUAUCAUGCCAGUACAGACAUCUUCAAAUAACGUCACUGCAUUUGUGUCCAUCAUGCGGGGCUGUGAUAACAUGUGCACUUACUGCAUUGUUCCCUUUACCCGCGGACGGGAGAGGAGCCGCCCAGUGUUCUCUGUCUUGGAGGAAGUCCGAAUGCUUUCUGAUCAAGGCAUUAAGGAAGUUACGUUACUGGGUCAGAAUGUUAACAGUUACCUGGACAGUACGACGGCUCAGGGUUCUGGGGCAGGAACACCUCGCCUGAGCCGCGGAUUUAGCACCAUCUACAGGCAAAAACAAGGAGGCCUUCGGUUUGUCGAUCUGCUUGAUCAGGUCUCCAGAAUCAACCCAGAAAUGAGAAUCCGGUUCACAUCUCCACAUCCCAAAGAUUUUCCUGAUGAGGUUCUUCAGUUAAUUUGUGAUCGACCGAACGUUUGCAAACAAAUCCACAUUCCAGCUCAGAGCGGAAGUACCAGAGUUUUAGAGACUAUGCGUAGAGGAUACAGCAGGGAAGCAUACCUGGAGCUGGUGCAGAAUAUCAGGCAAUGUAUACCUGGUGUUAGUCUCAGCAGUGAUUUUAUCGCUGGGUUUUGCCAGGAGACGGAGGAUGAUCACCAACAGACGAUCUCGUUGUUACGAGAAGUUUCCUACAACUCGGCUUUCCUGUUUGCUUACAGCAUGAGAAAGAAAACAAGAGCGUUCCACAGGCUGCAGGACGAUGUUCCAGCAGAAGUUAAGAAGAGGCGGCUGGAGGAGCUGAUCUCCGUGUAUAGAGAGGAGGCUGACCGGGUGAACCGACUAGCUGUAGGGAGCACUCAGCUGGUGCUGGUGGAAGGGCCCAGUAAGCGUUCACCCCUCGAGCUCUGUGGCCGAAAUGAUGGGAACACGAAAGUGAUUUUUGCCAAUUCCCCUUCGCUAGAUCAUGGAGCUCAGGUCCAGCCCGGAGACUACUGCUUAGUGAAGAUCACGUCUUCGAGCUCCCAGAGUCUGAAAGGACGGUUGCUUGGCCCCACCACUCUCCAGUACUCUCCAGCUUAUUCUGAACUCUGAUAUACUUUGUGUUUUUUUUUUUUGGUUUUUUUUUGUCUUUGAACUGUCUGGGAGAAGUUAUAACAAUCCAGGUCUUUAGUUUAAAAAAAAAUCUGUAUAUUAAUAUUAUUUAAAUCUACCUGCUGUGAAAUAUAUUAACUUAUUGCCUUUCGGGGUGGGAUCUGUAGUCUCCU